AUGCCUCCUCAGAUUUCAAACACGCCAGAAUCUGUGCUGCCCCGCUCAGAUUCACGAAAUCCUGCUACCACAUGUAGAGGUAUCACGACACAAGGCCGGCCCUGUCGCCGCGCUUUAGCUUCUUCUACGACUCCAUCUCCGGCCUCGACACCUCGAAAGAAAGGUGCUCAGCAUGGGGUACCCGAUAUGGCUUCCUUGUACUGCUGGCAGCAUAAGGAUCAAGCCGUAUCUUCGGCUGUCGAUUACAGUGACCAUAUCACUCCGGUUAAGCCGAGGACUAGCAUCGACACGCUAAUGGACAGACUCGGCGUCCUCGAGAUUAAUGAUAAGCCGCCUCCUCGCAAGAGACCGCAGAAGCAGAGGACAAGCCAAAGCGGCUUCAGUGAAAAGCGUCGCCCAAGGAGAACCUUCUGCUGUUUCGAGAUUAUCGACGACGAUGAAGAUCAUAGGCCAUCAGCGCCCGUCUCAAGGCCUGCGUAUACUCGUCCGGUACAAGGCCAUUCAUCUGUCCCUCAAAAACAGUACCAGGAUGGGCAGAGGCCAACUUCAACUCCACGACCGCAGCAGAUCAGAGUCUCUUCAUACGGAGAUCGGGUAUCUGCUCCACAGACGCCUACCCGACCCUCCCUCCCAAACAACAGACUCUCGUCGUCAUCCUCGCAUACUCCAUCAUUACUGUCAUGGAUUCCUAAAACCCUUUCGCCUCAAACGACAUCUGUACUACUCACGGAGCUGGCCAAGCCCAUCUCCGAUGCCGACGACGAGGGCUACAUCUAUAUGUUCUGGCUAACACCCCAAAACACUACAACGGAUGAACAUGCGCCACUUCCAAGGGAUAUUGCUUCUUCAAUAGUACCUCCCGCUCCACAGACAGACGGCAGUCUCCGUCCACCACUUCAACCUCGCAGCGUUAGCGAUGCUCUACGCGCAGCUAGAGACCUCAACGCUCUAACAACCAACCCAACAUCAACGACGCCCGGGUCUAUCCGGUUGAAAAUAGGGCGCACGAGCAACGUGCACCGUCGACUUGCCGAGUGGACACGACAAUGCUCUUACGACCUGACUUUGAUCCGCUACUACCCCUAUACCCCAUCGUCUGCAUCCUCAUCUCCUGCGAGGGUUCCCGCGUCUCGACAGCGGGCUGGUAGUAAUGCCAGUCCAGCGGCGUCUCUCUUACCUGGACGGAAGGUCCCGCAUGUCCAUCGUGUGGAAAGACUGAUCCACCUUGAGCUGGCCGAUUUGCGGGUGCGAGAUCUUGGUCGCUGUAGUGAGUGUGGGAAGGAGCAUCGGGAAUGGUUUGAAGUUGAAGCGGCCAAGGAAGCGCUGCGGAGAGUUGAUGAAUGUGUGAGACGGUGGGUAUCGUGGGGAGAGUCUAUGGCAUGA